CAAUCUCAUACCCCUUCAUCUCUUAAACGAAAAUGGAUUCCAGUUCCAAACUGGGUUUACACCCCAAAGAUGAAACAGAUCCCGUCUUCAUCACUCAACAGACAGACUCCAUGUUCAUCCUCAAAUCCCACCUUAAAGGGUAUGAUAGAAGCAACAUAAAGAUCGAGAUAAACGAGGAUGGGAGUAGAAUCACAAUAAGUGGUAAAAAUCCCGUUUGCCAAGAGGAAACAAUAAAGGGAUUCCAGAAAACCUUCAGAAUCCCCGAGGGAGUGGUUUUGGAUAAAGUCAAAGCCAGGUUUGACCAAGAUGAAUCAAGACUCAUCAUUCGAAUGCCAAAAUCAGUACAUGGGAUCGUGGGAAUCGGGAUUCAAGAAUUAGAAAAUCCAAUCCAAGAAAACGAAAAUCAUGAAAUGAAAAAUGAAGAAACUGUGGGAUCGAAUGAUUUGACACAAGAGGAAGAAGUAAAACCUCGUGAAAAGAGCUCGAUUAUAUGUACUCCAGUCAUAGCUGGGUCAACGUUGUUUGUAACAAUUAUUGUGGUUGUUUUGAGUUUGUUUCGAUCUAAAACCGGAUCAAGGGAAAAAAAGAAUUAACCCCAAAUUUAGUUUGAUAUUUUUGAUCAAAUAAAAUUCUUUAAGUUAACAAAAGAAAAGAUACAAAUGAUAAGCAUAAUAGAUAUAUAUAUCUAAUAUACAAUCCUAGUUUUUUUUUUUUACCUUCAUCCUCGAAAAUGCCCAAGAACAAAAACUCAAGAAGCCACAAAUGUUGAUUCAAAAUAAUUAGUUUGCUAGUAGUUGCAUUUGCACCAUUAUUCCCAAUUUUUCCAUGUCUAUCAAAUAGAAUUUUAAUUUAUGUCUUCCUUCUAUUACCACUCCAAUGAUCGAACUUUUCUCAGCACAUAUUUUGUCUUUCUUCUUGUCUCUGUCUCUGUAACUGGAAUUAUGUUGUCCAUCAACUGAAACACAAACAAAUUCAAAUCAUUACUAUCACAAAUCUAAUAAAACUUAAUGAGCUUAAUUUGUAUACAUGGUUGUUUCUUUUUGACUGAAUAUGGAUAGAUAUAGCGGAUUUCAUACCUGUUUAUACCUUUUUCUAGUCUGCUCUGCCUGAAACAAAGUAACAAGUCAAAAAAGUAAGCCAAAAAAAAAAAAGUUUUCAAGUAAAGAUGAAACAAACAAAUGAUAAGUGUACCUUUGCUCUCAAUAGUGCUUCAUUCUCCUCUUCUAAAGUCACUGCUAAUGCUUCCAAUUCAGCUUGGUAUGCCUAAACAAGAACCCAUAAAUUGUUUGUUAAAAGAUUUAUGAAAAUGGGUUGAAAAUAAUUAUGAUAAAGAAAUGAAAGCUACCAUUUUUCGUUCUCUUGAUCUUGCAGCUGAUUCUCUGUUCUUAAUCAUUCUUCUUUGCCUCUGUUGUGCAGCUUUAUCUAAUGGCUCCACGAUUGCUCUUCUUUUGCCUCUAUUUCCCAUUUCAUCAGCUCCAAUUCCGAAUCCUACAACACCGUCUACAUUUAAGGGAUGCAUUGGAU